CUGAUCCUAAUAAUCGGGUUAUCAGGUUAAUCCGAUAUCAGGUCCCAGUUUCCAAAAUCCCUCAUAUUACUUAUUUCUUAAAUAUGUCGUAUCGCCUUUUUGUAAGAUAUGAAAAUUGUAUUAAUCUAGGAUAUGAGUAUGUCUAGUGAAUGUACCGAGUAGGUUAAGGGUUAAGUUGUUAAGUAUACAAACAAGGAUAAGGUGUGACACACGUGUGACAUUUACGUCUUACGUCAUUUUUAAUGUCAAAGUUAAAACAUUAAAAACAAGAUUUAAAAUGGGUCUUUUUGGAAAGACGCCGGAGAGAACUCCUAAAGAUAUGGUAACAGAGUGGAAUCAUAAAUUGCGAAAGGAAGGUUAUCAAUUAGACAGGCAAAUAAAAUCCAUUCAAAGAGAAGAGGAAAAAGUAAAGAGGUCCUUAAAGGAAGCUGCAAAGAAAAGUGAUAGAGAUACAUGUCUCAUUUUAGCAAAAGAAAUCAUCAGAGCACGAAAAGCUGUUAAUAAGAUAUAUACAUCUAAGGCUCAUCUAAAUUCAGUUAUGCUGCAAAUGAAAAAUCAAUUAGCCACUCUCCGGGUUGCUGGUUCUUUGCAAAAAUCGACAGAAGUUAUGACGGCUAUGCAGAGAUUAAUCAGAGUACCUGAAGUGGCGCAAACAAUGCAAGAAAUGUCUAAAGAGAUGAUGAAAGCUGGAAUAAUCGAAGAAAUGUUGGACGAAACUAUGGAAGAUCUUGAAGAUACUGAAGAAAUGGAAGAAGCAGCACAAAGUGAAAUCGAUAAAGUACUAUUUGAAAUUACAGAAGGUAAAAUUGGAGAAGCUCCCUUACCACCUUCAGAACCUGCUUCUAAAGAAGUGCCAGCUGCAGAAGAGCCUGAGGAAGAAGAUGAAAAUGAAAUUCAAGAAAUGCAAAGUAGGUUAGCUGCACUAAAAUCAUAAAUAAACGCCUCGCAAACAACAACUAUAAAUUUUAAUGAAAAUCGAACUUUAUGUGUAUGUUAAUCUGUAACGUAAUCUACUAAUAAUAAUUGCAAUACAAUUAAUUAUUAAUGUACGAAGUAGUAUGAAACUGGAAAUUGUAAUAUGGCUUGUGCCUUUGCCGCAAUUUAUUUAUUAUAAAUCAUUUUCAAGAAAAUGCGUUUAAUAUUAAAGUACACUGCUUAUUUUUUGUUUUUUGUUAUAUGCAGCUUAAACAAAAGUAUUAACAAUUUUUUAAUGAUAUCAUAUAUUUUACUAGAUUGUAUUUAUAUGUAAUUUCUGGACAUUUUUGUUAUGGAAGAAGAUAAAUUAAUUUGACAAUAUUUAAUUUGGGGUUUGAAAUUUCUAAUUUAGUUGAAUUUGAUUAUAGUAGAUUGAAAAAGAGUUAAACCAAAAGAUUAGUGCACAGUACACAAUGAAAAGCCUUGUUUUAAAGGAAUGAGAGAAGCGAGUGACAGUGUUGUUUAUUUAAAAAUUUGUACAUUUAUGUACAUAAGUUUUUCUAAUUUAAACUUUUUUGUACUGCUCACUGUUCCAUAUUCCUGAGUGAUUAUUGCUCUACUAUAAUCACAUAAGCAAAAUAUUUUUUUAAUUAUUAGAAAAUAGAAUCUGUACAAAAACAAUCACUUAUGUAAAAAAAUAGAAUUUAAUUAAAAAAAAUUACAAACUUAGAAUAUAUCAGUAAACAAAACGUAAAAUAUUUAUAUAAAGGGUUUCUCAGGAGGAAGACUUUAAACUUUUGGAGUGUACUCUAUGUGAAUCAGUAAUUUUAAAAAACUCAAAUAUUAUUAAGCAUCCAAUUUUUUUUUAAACAACUGUA